GAACAGCUGGUGAGGGGCUCGUGUGAGGGGCUCGAGCGAAUCCGUUGGUCGGUGGUUGAUGGGGGAAACAACAACGAGCUAGGCAUCAUGAGGGUCCCUGAAACACUGAUUUGGGCCGCUUUCCUCGUCCAAAAGGUAGUGGGAGAGUAUGGCAUGGCCCAUUUCAGUGACAAGGGCAAGAGCAAAGGAAAGGAUUACUGCAUAUUCUUCAACUCACAGUGGGCACGUCUACCUCAGGACCUUAAUAAGGCAUCACGUCUACAAAUCUAUGACCUGACAACAUCGGUCCUGUGCUCGCCCUCUGAAGUCCCAGAGGGAGGCUUCCCCAAUCGCAUCCCCAUGGUGAUGAGGGGCAACUGCACUUUCUAUGAAAAGGUCCGACUGGCCCAAAUUAAUGGCGCCAAGGGCCUGCUCAUCGUCAGCAAGGACAGACUGACACCUCCAGCAGGAAACAAGACUCAGUAUGAGGAGAUUGACAUUCCUGUAGCAUUGCUCAGCUACUCUGACAUGCUGGACAUAAGCAAGACUUUUGGUAAAGGAAGACAGGUUGCCAUGUAUGCACCCACUGAGCCUGUGUUGGACUACAACAUGGUGAUCAUCUUCUUGAUGGCAGUAGGAACGGUUGCCAUUGGAGGCUACUGGGCUGGCAGCCGAGACAGCAAAAAACGCUACAUGAAGCACAAGCGGGACGAUGGCGCAGAGAAGCAGGAUGAGGAGACUGUAGACGUCACCCCCAUCAUGAUCUGUGUGUUCGUGGUCAUGUGCUGCAGCAUGCUGGUGCUACUCUACUUUUUCUAUGACCGCCUGGCCAUUUGGGUCAUCUCUAUCUUCUGUGUGGCCUCUUCUGUCGGCCUUUACAGCUGUCUGUGGCCUUUUGUCAGGAGAAUUCCAUUCUGCAAGUGCAGGAUCCCAGAGAACAACCUGCCGUACUUGCACAAGCGGCCACAGAUCCGCAUGUUGCUGCUGUCGGCCCUCUGCAUCGGAGUGAGCGUCACCUGGAUGGUGUUUCGCAACGAAGACCAGUGGGCGUGGGUGUUACAGGACGCCCUGGGGAUUGCCUUCUGUCUCUACAUGCUCAAAACAGUCAGACUACCCACAUUUAAGGCUUGCACUUUACUUCUGACAGUCCUUUUUGUCUAUGAUGUUUUCUUCGUAUUUAUUACACCCUUAUUUACAAAGAGUGGAGAAAGUAUAAUGGUGGAGGUAGCCGCUGGUCCCUCUGACUCCUCCACACAUGAAAAGCUUCCCAUGGUGCUCAAAGUUCCAAGGUUAAACUUCUCUCCCCUGGCUCUUUGUGAUCGCCCCUUCUCCCUCCUGGGCUUUGGUGAUAUCUUAGUACCAGGUCUGCUGGUGGCGUACUGUCACAGGUUUGACAUUUUAACGCAAUCCUCCAGGAUCUACUUUGUCGCCUGUACGAUCGCUUACGGCAUUGGCCUGCUGAUCACCUUCGUGGCCCUGGCUGUGAUGCAGAUGGGUCAGCCAGCCUUGCUCUACCUGGUGCCUUGCACUCUGCUCACCAGCCUCACUGUAGCGCUGUGGCGCAGGGAGUUGCCCCAGUUCUGGACUGGAAGUGGAUUUGUGCCUGCCAUAGUCCUUGCACCGAUCAACUGUACACAAACUGCAGCGCCGCAGACAGAGGGGCCCUCGACUAAACUGGAGUCCCAAACCACAGAAGCCCCCACUCAGAGCGAAGACUCGCCCCAGUACCCGCCUCAGGAAACGCCCCCGGCUGAGAACGAUGAAGAAAAAGACAAAUCUAACUGAAAGGACUUCUAGUACGGCAUUUUCCAUUUCACUUCAUGUUUUAUUUGUUGUUGAGUUUUUUUCUACAUCGUGUUUCAGUCAAUGGACAUUUUAACUACAGGCAUUUAUUUGCACUCGGUGCGAAGGGAAGAACCGAGGAGAUCUGCGUUUUCUGAAUGGCUGGCUCAGUGGGGCAACAGGAUUGGACACAAAAGGUCCUAACAUCGAAACUGACAAACACACUAAGUAUAAAACCUGCACAGCAGCCCCAACACCUUCCUCUAUCUACUAUCAUAUUGUACAAUCUGUACCAGUGGUGGAAAGGAAUGAAGUACAUUUACUUGAAUAUUGUACUGUGUACAGUUGUAAGGUACAAGUACUUUACUUGAGUAUUUCCAUUUUAUGCUACUUUGUACUUCUACUCCACCAUAUUUCAGAGGCAGAUAUUGCACUUUUGACUCCACUACAUUUAUUUGAUACCUGUAGUUGCUUUUGAGACCAAUAAAAAGCCUUUUAAUCAUUCAGAGCUCUAUGAGAUGUUAAAGAGACAUUUCCCCUUUAAACUUCUCUGAGGGCCAAAGAGGUAAAAAUAUCCACAAUUCGACCAAAAAAAGUCCAAAAACUCUAGAUAGAUUUGUAUAUCAGAACUAGGGCUGGGCGAUAUAGACCAAAAAUCAUAUGUCACUACUUUUAGGCUGAAUGGCAAUACACACAUGAGAGAGAGAGAGAGAUUCUU